UACACACUCCGAUACAGGAGGGGGCGGUAAUGCGUCUUCAACGGUGGUUUCUAGUCAGCCAUUCAAACCGUAGAAGAAGAAGUCAGUAAACCAACAGAAGAAGAAGACAGUCGCUCGUCUUUUCUCCAACAAAGAAAAUGGACACGCGGUUCACUCGAGGGAAAUCCAACAUCUUGGAGCGUCCUCUAACGCGCCCGAAGACGGAGGUCAGCGUGAGCGCCUUCGCCCUGCUGUUCUCGGAGAUGGUGCAGUACUGUCAGAGCCGGGUUUACUCCGUGACGGAGCUGCAGACCCGUCUGGCUGAUAUGGGUCAGAGCGUCGGAGCCAGCAUGCUGGAUGUGUUGGUGCUGAGGGAGAAGAACGGGAAGAGGGAGACCAAAGUGCUGAAUAUGCUGCUGUUCAUCAAGGUUAACGUCUGGAAGUCUUUGUUUGGGAAGGAAGCCGACAAACUGGAGCAGGCCAACGACGACGACAAGACGUAUUACAUCAUCGAGAAGGAGCCGCUCAUCAACGCCUACAUCUCCGUGCCCAAAGAGAACAGCAGCUUAAACUGCGCCGCCUUCACCGCCGGCAUCGUGGAAGCCGUCCUCACACACAGCGGAUUCCCCGCCAAGGUCACCGCUCACUGGCACAAGGGCACCACGCUCAUGAUCAAGUUCAACGACACGGUCAUCGCCAGGGACAAGGCUCUGGAUGGCAGAUAGAGAGGACUGCAGCGAGUCCGUGGGGGUGUUUAUAGAUACGGGAUGAGGUUUCGAUCAUCCGGGCUAGUGUUUGUUCGUCACUGAGUUUUUGUUGUGGUAACUUAUGAGAAUUAUGGAUGGAUUCAUGGAUGAUUGCAGCAUACUGAGCCACGCCUAGAGCAGGAAACGUGCAGCGCGUUGGUUCAAUCCUCCAUGUGUUUGUGGAUCAUCUCACUCCUGUUACUCCUUAUUCAGUGACCCAGUUUUUUUUUCUGAAAAUCAUUUUUAAUUUGCUGCUUCACAUCGUUUUGGCCCUAUAACACAAUUUGUAUAUUUCAUAUUGACAAUAAACCUGUCAACAGAUUGUGAAGUAAAUUGGGAUUUUGACCCAUAUGAAGAAGGUGAAACAACAUAUUAAACAGCCAAAUACCUAAUCCCAUCCCCGGUUCAUACCAUGUGAAAGUGAGGGUUGCAAAACCAGUACAAAAAGUGUCCUGUAACAGACAGAGGUCCAGAGAUGGUCUCUCACAGCUUCAGUCUCAUUCCAGUUUGACUCCAGCUUCAUAUGAUCAGGGCUGUAGCUAUCGUUGACGAGGUCUUAAACGCAGCAUCUUUGUUUUGUGUAAUGUGUGUGUGUGUGUGUGUGUGUGUGUGUGUUACUGUGGAGGUAAUAAAGAAGAAAACUAAAUGUA